AUGUCGCUGAACGGGAAUCUAGAGAGCUCCUCGAUAUACAUUGCCAUGAAGAGCCGGCCUUCUCCAAGAGAAUAUCACUGGGGACUAAUUGUCACUGAUGACAUUGGGCGGCCCGUUCUUCAUCACGCGACGAACCUUACAGGGCCUUGGAAAUACGAGGAGAGGCAGAACGAAUCGGCUAUUGACCCAACUCUGAUCGUAUUGGUCAAAGCUAGCGGCGUCUCCAACGUGCCACGCGCCACACAGAUCAUCCAGUCCGUUCCUACAGAUGGUAAGCCAUCUCGUCGAACUGGAGCGGCAUUCACGUGCCGAAUUUGGGUCAAGGAUGCUCUAUUCGAACUACACGAAACAGGAGAGAUCUUUCUUGCCGAUGAUAUUGAAGUGAUUGAGACAGAAGCAAUAGCAUAUGCCGAGAGUGGGAAGGAUCUCGUAACUGUGAUCUUACAUGCAGCUGGAAUACGGGGUCGGCCGAGUGUUGGAUCAGACGGUUUCUAUUACUGGGGCGGAAUGGGUCAAUACGAAGUAACAGUACUGACCACUUAUGCUGGACCUAUGUAUAGAUUCCGAAGGAGCUGUCAUUUCUCUCGUAUAACAUGUGAAGGCAAUUCCGAACCCCUGGAUUUGACAGCCUGCAUGUCAAACCACCAAAAUUCGUUCAAGCAGCCAAUCACAGGUGAGACGUUUCAUUUCCGUGUAUCCGGCCGGUAG